GUUUCACUGCUGCCGCAUCAAAAACAGGCGCUCACAUGGCUACUCUGGAGAGAGAGUCAGAGGCCGUGUGGAGGAAUUCUGGCGGAUGACAUGGGCCUGGGGAAGACUCUAACGAUGAUUGCUCUCAUUCUGGCCCAGAAGCAGCUGAAGACAGAGAAAAGAGAGAAGAAGUUAGAAAUAUGGCUAUCCAAAAAUGAUUCCACUGUUAUCCCUUCUUGCAGCACUUUAAUAAUUUGUCCUGCGUCCUUGAUCCAUCACUGGAAGAAAGAGAUUGACAAGCAUGUGGGCUUUGGCAAACUGAGGGUCUAUUUGUACCAUGGGCCAAACAGAGAUAAACAUGCUGAGGGGCUCUCUGGAUAUGAUGUUGUUGUCACAACCUACAGCCUUCUAUCUAAAGAGGUCCCCACAAGCAAAGAGGAGUGGGAAGUCCCUGCAGAGGACCAUGAUGUGACGAGAGGAUCAUCUCCCUGUUCCCCUCUGCUCAGGGUAGCUUGGGCUCGAGUUAUAUUGGAUGAAGCUCACAAUAUUAAAAACCCAAAGGUUCAAACCUCUACAGCUGUCUGCAAACUGAGAGCCAGUGCCAGAUGGGCUGUCACUGGGACGCCAGUACAGAACAACUUACUGGACAUGUACUCUCUCCUGAGGUUUCUACGGUGCUCUCCUUUUGAUGAAUACAAAGUGUGGAAGUACCAGGUAGAUAACAACACAAAGAAGGGAGGAGAGAGGCUAAGCCUCUUAACCAGGAGCCUCUUAUUACGGAGAACUAAGGACCAGCUGGAUUCAGCUGGCAAGCCCUUGGUAUCUCUGCCCCAGCGUAGCACACGGUUGCAUCAGUUAAAACUUUCAGCAGAGGAGCAGUCUGUGUACAAUGUGCUCUUUGAAAAAUACAGGUCAGCACUACAAUCCUAUCUAAAGAGACAAGAGCAGAAAAAUGAAGGCAGAGAGUAUGCUGGUGGCAACCCAUUUGAGAAAGUUGCACAAGAGUUUAGGGUCAGUCAAAAGGAAUUUCUAGCAGACUCCAGAAGUGCCUCCCAGGUCUCAAGUACUGUCCACGUCUUGUCCAUGCUGUUGAGGCUCCGACAGUGCUGCUGCCAUCUCUCCUUACUGAAAGUGGCUCUGGACCAAGCUAACUUGAACAGUGAAGGCCUUUCCCUCUCCAUUGAGGAACAGCUUAGUGCUUUGACCCUGUCUGAGCUCCAGACUCCUGAUUCCAAUUCGACAGUCUACCUCAGUGGCACAGCUUUUCAAACAGAUAUCUUUGACAUCACCAGGGAGAGUACCAAGAUAGCUCACCUCUUGGCUGAACUGAAAACUAUCCACUCCAAGCCUCAGAAAAGUGUUGUUGUCUCUCAGUGGACAAGUAUGUUGAAAGUUGUGGCUGAACACCUCCAGCGACUAGGGCUGAAGUGUGCAACGGUGGAUGGCUCUGUCAAUCCUAAACAGAGAAUGGAUGUGGUAGAAGAGUUCAAUAAAAAUCCCAAAGGGCCUCAGGUAAUGUUGGUCUCAUUGCUGGCUGGAGGCGUUGGCUUGAACCUGACUGGAGGAAACCACCUCUUUCUCCUUGACAUGCACUGGAAUCCUGCUCUCGAGGACCAGGCAUGUGACCGCAUUUACCGAGUGGGGCAGCAGAAGGAUGUUGUGAUACACAGGUUUGUCUGUGAAGGAACGGUAGAAGAAAAGAUUGUACAACUCCAGAAGAGGAAGAAAGUUCUAGCCCAGCAGGUGCUGUCAGGCAAAGGGGAGACCUUCACUAAGCUCACUCUGGCUGACCUCAAAAUUCUCUUUGGCAUCUAAUUAUCCUUUACAAUACACAGUGGAAAGAGAUUUUAUACCUCCAAGUAACUGUGCAGACUUCAACAAAGGACUCCUGGUUUAAAUGGUCAUUUAUUUUGAAAAAAUAACUACAUUUUUGUAACUGUUUGAGGAAGAGAAGUUACCAACUUUGGGAAUUUGUUUUAAUACUGAAAUUAGGUUAUGUAUACAAAGGUUAAUAAAGGUAUAAUUAAGCUGUUGUUUUAAACCA